GGGAGCGUCGUCCCCGCUGCGCGCGCACUAAACUUUCCCCACUCACGCGCUUCCCGUCAUGGUCUGGGGGUCUCCACCCGCCAUGUAGCCCACGCGCGCUUUAACGGAGCUGUCUGUGGAGUAUUCUUCACGUGGAUCCCUGCGGUUUUCGGGGGGAGCUCAGCUGCGGUGCGCACCGUCGGAGCGGAGGCUGGGCCGGUGCGGUGCGGUGCGGUGCGGUGCGGUGCGUGCGGGAUCCGGUGACCGCGGGGCGGACGGGCCACCAUGCUCCGGCCGUGGGUGGCGCACUGGGUCGCCGCGGUGCUCGCGUGUCGGGCGGUGGCGCAGUACUCCAGCGACCAGUGCAGCUGGAGAGGAAGUGGCUUGAGCCAUGAGGCUCAUCGCAGAGACGUGGAGCAGGUCUACCUGCGCUGCUCUGAAGGCUCUCUGGAGUGGCUCUACCCCACCGGGGCCAUCAUCGUCAACCUGCGGCCCAACACCGAGCCCCCGUCGGGUCUCCACGUGUGCAUCAAGCCCCACGUUCACUCUCAGGGUUCUCAUGUGUACCUGGAGCGUGCGGGGGACCUGAGGCUGCUGCUGGCGGACCAGGACCACGCCCGGGGAGAGGUGCGCUGCUUCAUGCUGGGAGAGGGCGCGCUCUUUGUGGAGGCCGUCCCGCAGACCGACAUCAGCCGCAGGAUCACAGCCUUCCAGUACGAGCUGGUGCCCAGCCGGGGCCCGGGGGCGCACAUGUACCCCUACCUGCACCCUGCCUCCGCCGCCUGUAAACCCUGUUCAGAUGAAGAGGUCCUCAUGGCCGUCUGCACCAGUGACUUUGCCGGCAGUGGCGUCUUCGGAGGCGCGGCGCCGGGUCCUGAUGAGCGCUCCCCCACCGCUGUGACGCUGACCCGGCUGUUUCAUCAGAAGAGCAGGAUCUUCUCGUGGGGCGGCGCCCGCGGACGCCGCUGGAGCGGCCGCGUCUUCGUUCCCGAGCGGUGCGGCGUACGUCAGGGAGACGGCGAGUUCCUCCUGACGGGCUCGGUCCAUUUCGGCGAAGCCUGGCUCGGCUGUGCGCCUCGAUACAAGGACUUCCAGAAUCUGUACGUCAGAGCACAGCAGGCGGGAGCAAACCCCUGUCAGAUAGACACCAGUGGAGAGAUUUCUGCUCAGCGUUUGGUGGAAUAAAGCAUCACGUCUCCUGAAGUUUAGAGGAACAAGCUUUUCUGGAUGGAUUUAUACGUACUGACUCUGGACUGUUUCCAGUGCUGCAGAAAAGACAAACUGAACUCCUCCGAGUCGUUGUGUUUAUAAAUAUGUGCAUGAAUUACAGCCAAUGAACGACGAGCGCAAGCUUCUAUAUUUUUUACCUCUGUGGUGAUAUUGCUCAUUUUUUUAAAAAAAAAAAUGACAGUUUUUUGCUUUGUAAAAAGCUUUUCUGUAAAAUUUAGGAGUCUUCUGACAGAAGUGUGUAACAUACAGCUCUGUGAGUCUUCAUAUACUGAGUUUGUGUGAGUGUGUGUUUUACUUAUAACUCCAAAAAAGCAAUAUUAAUAAAGUCUUGUCUUUCUGUGGAUAGAAGAUCAUCAGUUUUUGUUUGAGUGAAACUAAUAAGAAGAAAUAAUACCGGGUUCUCUUUGCUUCCAUCGAUUCAAAUGAAGACGUUUGGAUUACCCAUAAUGCAGACAACUCAAUGAAGCAGAAGAGAUGUCAUUCUAACACAAAUGGAAAUGAUAAUGAAACGUGAUGCCUUUAUUUGGUGGAACCUGUUGACCGCGUGGCUCUGAGUGAACCUGGAGCAACACUUUCCCCACAUGUGGCCUUCCAUUCAGGGUAAAUUGUUGAAACUGACUUUACUGGUGGCACAUUGGGUCAACUCUUGGACGACACAGCACAAAUGACAGGAAGGACAUCAAGGUGUAAAAACUAGCCAAGUGGAAGUUGCAUCGACUGACUGCAGUGACCCUAAAAGGGAGAAGCCAAAAAAGACUAUCAUCAUCAGAAUUAUAGCCUCCAGGAAAAGAAAUGUACUGUAACUUUUUUUCAAUUUUCUAAGUAAAGAACAUGAGUCAG